AUGAAAGUUGUUUUAACUGCAGGUCAUUGUCUUAAGAAUGCUAAUGGUGGUGUCAUCAUCAUUGGUACAAAUGAUUUGCUUUCUAAUGAGACAGAUGUUGUUCGUCAUUAUGUUGAUUCCUCAAGUUUUAAAGUUCACCCACAAUUUAACAUUCACGUUGCUUAUCUUGACGUUGCAUUAAUUAUCUUACCUGAACCUCUGAAAUUUUCAAAUGCUAUUCAAUCUGUUAAGUUGCCAUCUGGUUAUCUCUUGGAUGAAUCAUUUGCGGGUGAAAUUGGAACAGUUUCCGGUUAUGGUCAAUAUUGUGAUACAUGUGGAUCAUCAAAUCUGUUAAGAUUCACACAAAAUCGUGUGAUGCAAAAUAAAGAAUGUGGAAAAUCAUUUGAAAUUGGAUUAAUUCCUUCUGAAAAUCAUGUUUGUUUGUCAACAGUUGAAACUAAUUCUGGGAAUUGUCGUGGAGAUUCAGAAACUAAGUAA